UGGUUGGCUGUCGUCCAGGCGACGGAGUGGGAGGGUGCACGGCACUUGCAGGUCUUCUAGGCUUGGUGCGGAGACGGCGGCGCUCGCGGCCUCGCUCUCCCUCCCCGGCUGCGACCGAGAGUCCACGGCUGCAGAUGGGAGACCAGGGCGUCGAGGAUGCGGGCGGGCCGGGUCCAGCAGCCGGCGCGGGAGCUGUUCCGGGACGCCGCCUUCCCCGCCUCAGAGUCCUCGCUCUUUUUCAAUUUGUCCACGCCGCUGGCCCAGUUUCGGGAGGACAUCACGUGGAGGCGCCCCCAGGAAAUUUGUACUGCGCCCCGGCUCUUUCCAGAUAACCCAUGGGAAGGACAGGUGAAGCAAGGGCUGCUGGGUGACUGCUGGUUCCUGUGCGCCUGCGCCGCCCUGCAGAAGAGUCGGCACCUCCUAGAGCGGACGCUGAGAGCCCUUCGCACUGCACAGCCCGGGAUGUCCAUCCAUCGUGGUCAGACUGUAGUUAGGACACUGAGGCCGCAGAUGACACCAUCUCACGCUCUCUCUCUGCCUCUCCCUGUGCAUGGGAGACUGUGCUUCUCCCGGUGCCAGAGAGAGGAUGUGUUCUGGCUUCCCUUACUGGAAAAGGUCUAUGCCAAGGUCCAUGGGUCGUACGAACACUUGUGGGCAGGGCAAGUGGCCGAUGCCCUGGUGGACCUGACCGGCGGCCUGGCAGAAAGGUGGAACCUGAGGGAUCUGGCUGGAAGGCAGCAGGACAGGCCUGCGGGCAGUCGGGAGCCCAGGACGUGUCGGCAGAUGCUACACCUGAAAGACCGGUGUCUGAUCAGCUGCUCACUGCUCAGCCCCAGAGCAGGUGCCACGGUGCUGGGGGAGUUCCACGCCUUCAUCGUCUCUGACCUGCAGGAGCUCCAAAGUCGGGCAGGCCGGGGCAUCCUCCUGCUGCGCAUUCUGAACCCCUGGGGCCGGCAGUGCUGGCAGGGACUCUGGAGAGAGGGGGGUGAAGGGUGGAGCCAGCUGGAGCCCACUGACAAGGCCAGGCUCCUGUCCCAGCUCCAGGAUGGGGAGUUCUGGGUGGAGGAGGAGGAGUUCCUCAGGGAGUUCGAUGAGGUCACCAUCAGCUACCCAGUCACGGAGGCCGGCCACCUGCAGAGCCUCUACACAGAGAAAACGCUGUGCCACGCACGGGCACUGCCCGGCGCCUGGGUCGAGGGGCAGUCUGCAGGAGGCUGCCGGAACAACAGCUGCUUUCCCUCCAACCCCAAGUUCUGGCUGCGGCUGUUGGAACCCAGCGAGGUGUGCGUGGCUGUCCUGCAGAGGCCCCAGGGGCACCUGGUGGGCCGGGCCCGGCCACUGGGAGGCCACAGCCAUGCCCUGGCCAGCUCCCCAAGCAAGGACUACCAGGCCGUGGGCCUGCACCUCUGGAAGGUAGAGAAGCGGCGGGUUAGCCUGCCAAGGGUCCUGUCUGCACCCCCGGUGGCCGGCACUGUGUGCCACGCCUAUGACCGAGAGGUGCACCUGCGCUGUGAGCUCUCUCCAGGCCACUACCUCGCCGUCCCCAGCACCUUCCUGAAGGACGUGUCCGCGCAGUUCCUGCUGCGGGUCUUCUCCACUGGGAAAGUGUCCCUCAGCAGUGCCGAGAGGCCGGCGGCCCAGAGCACCAACCACAGGACAGCCCUGCCCACGGGAGAGGUGGAGACCGUGCAGCUUCGGGGCUGUUGGAAAGCCGGCCAGACUGCAGGGGGCAGCAGGAACUUCGCCUCCUACCCCUGCAACCCCUGCCUCCCUUUCCUAGUCCCCGAGGGUGCCGGUCCCCGCUGUGUCCGCAUCACCCUGCAGCAGCACUGCCGGCUUGGCGACAGCCAGCUGCACCCCAUUGGCUUCCACGUCUUCCAGGUCCCAGAGGGUGGCGAGAGCCAGGAUGUGAGGUCCCUGCUGCUCCAAGAGCCACUGCUGAGCUGCGUGCCACAUUGCUACGCCGAGGAGGUGAGCCGGCUCUGCCUGCUGGCCGCCGGCACCUACAGGGUUGUGCCCUCCACCUACCUGCCUGAUGCCGAGGGCACCUUCACGGUGAUCAUCGCCACCAGAGUGGACAGGCGCUCCAUCCACAGCCAGGAGGUGCUGGGCCACUUCCUCCAGGAGGUCUCCACUAUGGCCGUGAUGAAGACCUGACGCCGCCCUGUGUGCCAGUCCCCGCAGCCAGAGCAUCCCUCCUAGGUGCCAUGGCUGGUUCUGAGCCUGGUGCCUCAGCCCUGCAGAGUGCUGGGUGCCAGGGCCAAGCGAGAGCCCUGUCCUAGAGAGGUGUGGCCCUGGGGUCCAGUGGGUGCUGCAGCGGGGAAGAGGACUGCAAGCGGCAACGCUGCCUGCCGCCCAAGACCAGCUGGGUGCAGACCCCGGGCCUGGCGCUGACGGCUCCGGAGUUGGCACCGCGGCCUUUGUUGCCUGCAGGCAGAGGCCGUAACCAGGCAGGAACAGGUUGUGGCAGAUGUUAUUUUAAACUAUUUAUUACUUGAAAUAUUUCCAGGAUGUGACUUUAUAAAUAAAUAAUCAUGAGCAAUUUA